GUGCAAAGAGAAUGCAUAAGACCCAGAGAGAAGAGAGAAGCCGCGCUAACGAAAUCAGUAAUUAUCGAUAGCCCAUCAACUUGUUGGGAUGGUAAUUCUAAGAAACUUUUUCCUAUACAUAUAACCGCCGAUUGGCUUUAGUUUUCGAGAUAUUUGCAAAAGAAAGUUGCUACUAUUAGAGUGAAUUCAGCGUAUAUCUACACAUCCAUGGCGGUCUGUGCAUCAGGAUGAGAUGGCUGGUUUCUGUAAAUCCAGCAUGAUGUCCCUCAAGCAGUAUACAUAAGGAGUGAAAUUAAAAAAUUCAAUUUCACAUAAAUUAUACACUAAUUCUUUUGGUAAAUUCUAACAUGCAUAUAACGAGACAAUUACGUAGUUCCCAUAGCUCCCGUAGCUCCUAGCCGGUAGCUCGUACGUAUGCGCAGCGAACUUCUGAUUGGAUAGAAGUAAGGUGGAGGGGGAAGCAACAAACUUCUGAUUGGGUAGAAGUAAGGUGGAGGGGGAAGCAGAGCUGCCGCUCUAUAAAAGAGCCACGUUCUUGUUUUCGCAACGUAGUUCCAAACGUUUGAUCGUUGGGUUAUAAUUGUUUGAGAGAAAAUUAUAUUAUGACUGGUCGUGGAAAGGGAGGAAAGGGGUUGGGAAAAGGAGGAGCAAAGCGGCAUAGGAAAGUUCUUCGUGAUAAUAUUCAAGGUAUCACGAAACCGGCCAUUCGUCGUCUGGCCCGUCGUGGUGGAGUCAAACGUAUUUCUGGCUUGAUCUACGAAGAAACUCGAGGUGUUCUCAAAGUUUUCUUGGAAAACGUUAUCCGUGACGCUGUGACUUACACUGAGCACGCUAAAAGGAAAACCGUUACGGCUAUGGACGUCGUCUAUGCCUUGAAACGCCAAGGAAGAACCCUCUACGGUUUUGGUGGUUAAAGCGUCGUUCAUUCUUGUUCGAUAAAAACGGCCCUUUUCAGG